UUUUCAUUACUAACUUGUUUAUUACAUGUAGGUGCGAAAAAUUUGCCAAACAAUUGCCUUUUUGUCACCUGCAAUUUGCAUGACGCUUUCUUCUUUGGAUCUAGGGCUGCCUCCUUGGGAAGUUGUAGUAGUACUUACUAGUGGUUUAGCACUAUCAAGCUGUGCGCUAUCAGGACUUUAUUGCACCCAUCAAGACAUUUCUCCUGAAUAUGCUAGCAUUCUUUUGGGUAUUACAAACACAGUGGGGGCAGUGCCUGGAAUUGUGGGCGUUGCGCUCACAGGCUAUCUUCUUGACUUGACUCAUUCUUGGGGUCUAUCACUGUUUGCACCUUCUAUUUUCUUCUAUCUGACUGGCACAGUUGUAUGGUUAUUAUUUGCCAGUAGUAAGCCUCAAAACUUCACCUAGAAUGAUUUCCUGGUUUUGCGAUCGAAUCGAUGGAUGUGCCCAAAAUUUUCUUAAUGGGUGAUUCAUCCAGGAGAGGUAGAGUUGAAUGCGCUUGCAUUGUCAAUUCCUUAAUUAUGUUUAUGAGAAAUGGAAGGUAAAGUCAAUCUGCUUUGUAAUGUGAAGUUAGAUGUAGGAUAAAGAGGAUAAAUGUUGGGUAAAGAGGCUGUAAUAUAUGUAUGUAUAUAUAACUUUUUUUUGCAUGCAUGUAAUGCAGUAUAUAUCAGGGCUGUAUAGUUCUAUAGAAAAUGUUGUCCGGAUUCAUUUUUACGAAAUACAAUGAAAAGUACUAUCGGU